UUUUUAUUAUUAUUAUUAUUCUUUUUUAUUUUCUACGUUGUUCUGAUAUUUACAUCAGUUCAUCGCUAUCUAUUCUACUUAUAUACCUUUCAAUCUCACUUUUACCCUUUGUAUUUUUUUUUCUUUUUAAUAUUUGUAUAUCCCCCUCCAAAAAAAAAAAAACAUGAGUCUAUCCGUUGGUGACAUUUUUGAAGAAUAUAUUGAAAGUUUGACUAACUUGCCAUCAGAAAUUGACCAAAAUAUGCAUGAACUUCGUAGUAUGGAUGAAGACUUUCAAAGACAUCGUGAUGCUUAUUCCAAACACAAACGUUCCUAUCUCAAGUUGAUCAGAACCAACAACAGUACUUCUACAUCGUCCUCACCUUCAACGCCAUCUCCAGGAUCCACAGUACAUAUGACUACAUCAAGAUCAGUGCUUGAAAAGGACUAUAAGUUGGCUAUCCAAAAGCAAGAUCAAAAAAUUGAAUUGGCGAUGCGUAUGUAUGAUUUGGUAUCUCGACAUAUUGAAAGAAUUGAUUCUCAAAUGGCUCAAAACAAUAUCUCGAUUACUAUGCCAAAUGAAUGGAUACAACAACGACAGCAACACCAUAGAUCAACUUUACAUACAAACGGAUCAUCAACAACUCACUUAGCUAGUUCAUCCGCUUUGGAAAAUGUUUCAGUAUAUCAAUCUAGGAAAGGUCCUCAUUGGGAUGAUUGGCGUGGCGAUGGUAAUAGGAAACGAUCUUUAUUACAUGGUACAACAGGUCCAAGAAAAAGGACGCAUCAUUCGACUCGACCUAAUCCAGCAAUGAAUAGUGGAGCAUUGGUGGAACAUGAUAUUGAUCCCAAUGAACCAAGAUACUGUUAUUGCAAUCAAGUAUCCUUUGGUGAUAUGGUGGCUUGUGAUGGUGAUAAUUGUGACAAGGAAUGGUUCCAUUAUGCUUGUGUUGGAUUGGCAGAACCUCCAGCUGGAAAAUGGUUUUGUGAUGAUUGCUCAGUGGACGAAAAUAAUCAAAGGAAAUUGAAACGUUAUGGCUGAUGAACGAUAUCUUAGUGUAGUACUUUUUUUUUAUGAAAAUAAAACUUCCCCUUUUUAUCAUUUGUUUC